AGCUACAUUAUAGCUGUCGUGUUUCUUUUAAUUGCGUCAGUACCGUUAAGUUGAUCGAAGCAAGCAGUGUUAGGUGUGUCUGAUGUAGUUGCAUUUCUUGCGAGGUUGUUUCCUUUCUAGUUGUAUUACGACGGUUUAGGUUUAAUCUGCUAGCACGUGUUAUCGGUGCAACGUAUUUUAUAAUUUAUUCAGUUAAGAGACACAGAAGCUUAAUAGAAAUCGUUUGCCGUUGUUUUAAAAUCGGUGUGGACGGACCCAGUUAUCGUGGUGCCUGUUACAGCAUUAUUUCAUAGACAUUGGCAUUGCACUGUUUCGAAGUUAUUAAGCUAACCAGCAGGAGGCGCCAUCCGAAAACAGAACAUAACAGUCAUACAUGGAAUUAAUCACAAACUUUGUUCCUCUGGCUGAUGUUGCCUGUUGCAUGGUGACUGAUUUUUCGCCCAACUGUGCUCUUUUGAAAUGUACCGCAAGAAAGGAUGUACCCUUGAAAACAAUUUCAGAGACUUUAAAUGUAGGAGGAAACCGGAAAAUUUUUAAUUUAGUUUGAUUUCAGAUGACCACCAACCCCCCUUCCCUGCUUCAACACCAUGGAGCCAUCUGCUUCUGGAAUGUUCUGUGACAGGAUGCUGAGCAUGGUGAACUCUGAAGAUGUGAACGCCAUCAUCCAAGCUCAGAGGCACAUGCUGGACCGCUUUGAGAAGACGAACGAGAUGCUUCUGAAUUUUAACGGGCUCUCCAACGUACGCCUGCACCAGAUGACUGAGCACUUCCUGCUGCACACACGCACUCUGCUGGAGAUGAAGAAAGACCUGGACAGCAUAUUCAGGAGAAUCAGGACACUGAAAGGCAAGCUUGCAAAGCAGUAUCCCGAUGUCUUCAGCAGCGUCCACGAGUCCCCUGUCCUGGAGGAGGAUGACGAUGAGUUUGACCCUGUCCCGCCCAGCACAGCAACCACCACGGCAACCUCGGAGCAGAGCACGGAGUCAUGUGACACCAGUCCUGACAUCAUCUCCCCCACCGUCAGCCGCUGCUCAGAGGACUUCUCCCAAGAGCAUCACCCUGACACGCCCACCCCAGACUGCCCGGAUGUGUCCAAGGAUGUGGGCGUGGCACGGGGCGAUCUUGUUGAUGUGGGCGUGGCCAUCCUUAGGGACGAGGGCCCAGAUUAGAAGGGGGGUGGGGUCAUGUGGAGGGGCAGGACUGGAGAACCUUCUACAUGGGAAUGCGAUUGCUCUGGCUGGUGCACUGACCAGCUUUUUUAAUUAGUAUUUUGUUUUUUCUGCACUUGCUUUGCAGUGUGGUGGUCGGGUGAAGCUGACCCUUGAGGAUUGAAUGUAGCACAGUGCAGAGAUACGAGUUAGCAUGUGACUGUACGCUACAGGAUGUGAGUUAGCAUGUAAGAAUCUGCUACAGGAUGUGAAUUAGCAUGCGAGUGUCCACUACAGGACGUGUCAGCAUGUAAGUGUCUGCUACGGAAUGGGAGUUAGCAUGUGCCGCAUCUGCUAUAGGAAGUGAGCUAGCAUGUGACUGUCUGCUACAAGGUGUGACAUCACCCUUGGAAAAGCCAUAAGAGGGUGAUUAGUUCCCCUAGCUGGGUACCUUGUUCUCCAGCUCAGUGGGCCAGUCAGUCUCUUACUGAAACCCACAGCAGGACCUGUCCCUGGUACAUAUGCAGCCCUGCUGCUCGCACACAACCAGGCACUGAAAGAGGACAAAAUACUUGAAUUUUCCUUGUGUCCUGACAAGUGUUGCUCGAAUGUAAUGUUUGCUUUUUUUGUGUGUGUGAAUGCAUCUGCGAGUAUGUGUGAGUAUAUUUGUAUCUGUGUAUCUGUGCAUGCAUAGCAUGUGUGUGCGCAUGCGCUAGUGAGUAUGUCUAAGUAUAUUUGUGUGUGUCUGCAUGUGUAUUAGUGAAUAUUUUUUUGUUUGCGUGCAUGUGUGUGUUCAGUUAUCUUUUCCGUUUAAAGAGCUUAGCACAUAUGUCAUUCUUUAACCAUUUGGGAUUUUGUUUUUCAAGGGUGAAUUAGAAAAGCACAAAAUGUCAAUUUCUUUUUGGUCACCACUUACCAUGUGUUUUAUUAUUUAUUGGUAGAUUAUUUAUGCAAAAUAAAGUUAUGUGACCCCAGAUUAAAACUGAACACUGUUAGUGACCAGAGCUGCUUUCUUCAAGUUUUUUUUAACGAGUGAAACUAGUAAAGUUGUAAAUGAUGUAUAAAUAGAGUAGUGCUUUUUAUAUCUGUAUGAUGAAUGAAAAAUGACGUUUGGAUUGGUAAAUUAACUGUGAUGGCUCUAGGAAAAAAUGUACAAUUUUAACACUGCAUGAAACAUCACUAACCAAAGAGUGUGUCAGUACAGUACUCAGUAUUGGGAGUAAUGUCUGUCUCCAGGUUCAAUAAAAAAAAGUUAUGUUUUUCACCCA